AUGCGCUUGGCGCAGGGGCGGACGGGCCCCGCAGGAGACGGGGCCGCAGCGCUGAACGGGCUCCUCGUCCGCACGCGGGGGCCUGGCGCUGUGGAGAGGCCAGGGAGGCCAAGAGGCUGCCCCAAGGAGGCUCCGCCCCCAGGAAGGGCUGAGGCCCCGGCUGACCCCCGCCUCGCAGGCCUCAAGCAGGAGCUCUUCCACCGGCACAAGGAGGCCCAGCAGUGCUGCCGGCCGCACAACCUGUCGCUGCUGCGCGCCGCCCAGCAGCGCGAGAUGGAGGCUGUGGAGCAGCGAAUUCGGGAGGAGCAGCGAAUGAUGGAUGAGAAGAUAGUCCUGGAACUGGACCAAAAAGUGAUAGACCAACAGAGCACCCUGGAAAAGGCUGGGGUGUCUGGGUUCUACAUCACCACAAAUCCCCAGGAGCUGACUUUACAGAUGAACUUACUGGAAUUGAUUCGGAAGUUACAGCAGAAAGAAGCCCUGUCAGAGAAGGCUUAUUCCUGAACAAGCAAAUCUGCUGUCUUCUUUCCAGGGUUUUCUUCUGGCUUGCCUCU